AUGGAUGGGAGUUUUCCGUUAGAAGAUGCUAGUCUUCUUUAUCAUGAAUAUAUAGCGCCGAUCGCCAUUCUCAUGGACGAGCUUCGUUCUGAGGAUGUUCAACUACGGCUGAAUGCCAUUCAUAGCAUUCCGACCAUUGCGCUGGCACUCGGCGCAGACCGUGCCCGAGAAGAACUCAUCCCUUUUCUCCAAGAUUCAGUCGAUGAUGAGGACGAAGUCCUUCUCGCAUUGGCAGAAGAACUAGGUCGGAACUUUGAGGAGUACAUUGGUGGAAAGGAGCAUGCCCAUCUAAUCUUGGGUCCUCUGGAAAAUCUAUCUGCCGUUGAGGAGACGCUCGUGCGCGAGAAGGCCGCAGAAUCCAUCACCAAAGUCGCCAACGUACUUUCCCAGCAACAAAUCGAACAAUACUAUAUCCCAUUGCUUAAGCGCUUAUCGCAAGGAGAGUGGUUCACGUCCCGAACCUCGUCAGCAGCCCUAUACCCUGCAGUAUACGCCAAAGUAUCACCGGGGAUUCAAGAUGAUCUUCGGAAAGGUUUCACGUCUCUUGGCUCUGACGACACUCCCAUGGUUAGACGUGCCGCCGCAAAAUGGCUUGGGCCACUUUUAACUCAUUUCUCGCAACCACAUAUUAUUUCUGAUGGCCUACCUAUAUACCGCAAGCUUCAGCAAGAUGAACAGGAUUCCGUUCGAUUGUUGACAGUCGAGGACUUAAUUGUCAUUGCUAAAAGGCUCUCCCCUGCAGAGAUCAAGGAGCAAUUGUUGCGUCAGAUUAAACAGACCAUUGGGGAUAAGGGCUGGCGUGUGCGUUAUAUGGCAGCGACUCACUUUAACGAGUUGUCCGAAGCGCUUGGGGUAGAACUUGUACGGGAGGAACUGAUCGGACAGUAUGUACAACUUCUGAAAGACAAUGAAGCAGAGGUUCGUUCAGCUGCAGCCACCCAAAUUCCUGGUUUCUCGAAACUGCUUGAUAAAGAAGUCAUCCUCGCUCGCAUUGUCCCAUGUGUCAGAGAUUUGUCAACAGAUACUUCACAGCAUGUUAGAGCAGCGCUUGCAAACCAGAUUAGUGGCCUGGCUCCUCUGCUAGGCAAAGAACCUACAAUUGAGCACUUGUUGCCUCUGUUCCUCCAUCUUCUAAAAGACGAUUUCCCUGAAGUCAGAUUAAACAUCAUCAGCAAGUUGGAAACAGUCAACACUGUUAUUGGCAUCGAAUUACUCUCCGAAAGUCUACUGCCUGCUAUCGUUGAGUUGGCUGAAGACAAGUCAUGGCGUGUGCGCCAAGCAAUCAUCGAAUAUAUACCCCUUCUGUCCAACCAACUUGGAAAACCUUUCUUCGACGAACAACUUGGAAAUCUGUGCAUGUCAUGGUUAGGCGACACCGUCUAUAGCAUUCGUGAAGCUGCAACCGUCAAUCUAAAAAAAUUGACUGAAGUUUUCGGUGUUGAAUGGGCAAAAGUCUCCAUUGUGCCCAAAGUAAUGGGCAUGGGUUCACACCCAAAUUAUUUGUUCAGAAUGACCACUGUUCAGGCGAUCACGACUAUUGCCCCGUCAUUGAAUUUAGAAAUCAUCCGUUCAGAUGUUAUAGGGCCCCUGUUGGAGCUGUCCAAAGAUCCUAUACCAAACAUUCGUUUCAAUGUCGCAAAGGCUCUUGAGGUCAUGGCCGUUUCCUUCGCGGAUGCUCCUGAAGGCCGUGUAUUCAUUCGAGAUUGGAUUAAGCCAACACUAGAACGCCAGCAGAGCGAUGGAGACGCAGAUGUUCGAUAUUUUGCGUCUCGAGCUCUCCAAAAGACGAUCCCCAACGAUUCCUAA